UAUGAGAAACCCCCAUUUCUCUCUCUGACGCGCUUACCAAGACAGUCGUGUUUCUUCGACGCCGGUAGAGCGAGAGCUCGCCGGCGUCGCCUCUACUCAAUCUUGCUCAUUGUUUCUAUUGCUACAAGUCAAAGCUCUCGUUCUAUCAUUUAUUCUGCCUUUACUCAAUCAUUUAUUCUGGAUCUGGAAAUUUCAAAACUAGAGAAGACCUUCGUGGUCUUUGCUCGGGUUUUGGAGACCACCGGACCUGCAUCCUUCACCGGGGACUCCUGGAAACGCGGUACAAAUACCACCUCUCCCCACCUCGACCCACGGAAGGGAUGGCCCUCUCUCUGCAACAGACCUGCAACUCGCUCUGCUUGCACAAAUGGCGCCUCACUUCACCUCCUUCCCUUCACUGAGUUUAACCUUCCACUGUGCUUUAGAUCUGAGAAGAGUCCCAUGGAUUUCUUUGGAACUGAGCUACUCUCAGAUAAAGCUCAAAUCUCAGACUUUAAGAACGCCUCAAGCCACCGCAGCUCUUCAACUUCAUGUUACAAACGGGAUUCCGUAUCUCUUUCCGGUUGCUGCUUAAUCCCUAACUUUUCGAUCUUCACAGCCCCCUCUCCUCCAUCUUGCGCCACCACCCUUCAUCCCGCCGACGAGGUGUGCCCUAAUUCCGCCGCACGCACACUGCGCAAGCUCAGAUCCGUUGAACGUGAUGCUGACAUCAGCCCUUCCACUUCCUCUAUAUGGGCCAGGCCCAAGUCAUUUUCAAAAGUUAAUAGUUUUUCAAUGAGUCUCGAUGGAUUCACCGAACCUUUGAUCCAAACUAUUGUGAACGCAACGUUAUAUCCUUCGAUUCAGAAGCGAUCUUUAUUUUUGUGGGUGCCAGUGGAUUCACCAGUACCACCAUCUAAGACCUUCUCCAUGAGAAGAGUCGUCCCUCCUGCUACAAAGCAGAUGAAGUUGUCAAAAUCUCUAACCGUUUUGUUAUCUUGUGGAGCGGUCUGUACGGGGCCUGAAGAUGCAACGGAUUUCGUUUCGACGAUAUUCCGAGGUGUGGAUUGUCUAUCAACGUCACGAUUCAAAGUGACUAAGUUUCAACUUUCCGGCUUUGCCGUGAACUUUACUUCGACGCAUUCGAGUCUUACUCAGAAUUCGCUGUCAAUUUAUCCAAGAGGUUUCUCUACUUUUAUCUUUUAUGUUAUAUUGUUGUCGCUUUGUACUGUUAGUGGAGCCAUGAUUACUUCUUCUUCAAAGUGUAGCCCGAAUGUUUAAGUUUUAAUGAAAGCGGUGUUUCAAAAAAAAAAGAAAGAAA